GAAUUUUCGUUCCGGGUCGCGAUUCACGAAGGGAAAGAAAGCUUACUGCUUUUUCGGAGCUGGAUAUAUAUGAUUGCCGCUUACUUAUUGAGUUAUUGACUAGGCUUACAUACCUGAAACACUAUAUUUGACCAUGGAGAGACGGCGAAGACGUACGGAUUCUCUUAGCGAUGAUGAAGAUGGUAAGUUGAUUUUACUUUUGACCUAAUUUUUGUAUUGUUGUGACUUGAGUUUAUAUUAAUAACUUGCCCAGGCCCAGUGCUUCCCAUUUAAAGUACCAAACAACAAUAACCUGUUAUCGAUUAGGAUAAUGAAGUAUUUGUUAUGAAUACAAAUAUUAUUAAAUAUAACCAUAAACCAUCCUCAGGUCAAUCAUGAAUAUGAUGGCUGAUACUGAUGUCCCAGCAGGCCUAUAACUAUUGAUGUGCCUAUUCCGACCAGGCUACCAGAAGUGAGAGGUUGGAAUUAAAAAAUGUUGAAAAUAUUAUUGUUGUGUUUGUAAGAUAAAAUUGGUAUCGAAUAAAAGAUAAUUGAAUGGACUAUAUGUUUGUAAACUUAAUUUUUCAGUUUAACUAAAAUAACCUACAACAAAUGACAUCCGAAUAGCAUUUAGUCAAAAUGGACCCGGACACGCAUCUCUGCUAUUUGGAACCAGGUCCCUUUCGACUAAAUGCUAAUCGGAUCUCAUUUGUGGUAGUUUAAAACACUGAUAGUCCAUUAAAUUAUCUUUCAUUUGAUACAAAAUUUUGUCAUACAACCAUACAAUAAUAUUUUAAAUAUUUUUUAAUAAACCCAACCUCUCACUUCUGAUACCGGGUCCAAAUAGCCGCAGCCAGUAUAGCCUAAAUUUAAAUAUAUUAAUAUUCAAUGUAUCAAUACUAAAUAUUACUACUGAUGUGGACAGUAAAUGUCAGCCCUAAAAGGCUAAAAUUAAGUUUCCUAUUUCUACACUAUUAUUAAUUAUAUUAUUUAUAUCAAUAAUUAUGUAAUUGUAGAUCAGAUCAAUAUAUUUAAAUUUAAUGAUUUUUACGCUAAAGCACACAAUUUGUGCCAUGAAAUCAUUUACGUGGUUUAUAUAGCUCAAUGUUAGUAGUAGUAGGUUUAGGCGUUUAGGGAUAGGCUUAGGGUUCAGGUUAGGUUUAGGGAAAAGGAUUGAGUUUAGGGUGACUUUUCAUGUGUCGUGGCAACUAAGAUGGCGGCCGUGGCGCGGAUUGUUUGAAUAAACUGAUUGUUAUUAUAAAUAUAACCCUAAACCAACCGCAAGUUCCGGUCAAUCAUCAUACCGGCAGGUACUUGGGCAAAAUUUUCAAAAUGAAGUUAUAGCUUUAAGAAUUAGUUUAAUAUGGCCUGAAAAUUCAAUUCAUUAAUACCAAAUUUAUGGUUGUAGGUCGAUUCUAAAGAAAAUUAUGAUUUUUUUUCGUGAAUUAUUUUGGGAUAGCUCUGUUAAUUGAGACAUAUAGGAAAACAUAAAUGUGACUAAAAUAUAAACUGGGCAGAGAUUUGAGAUACAAUUUUGAAAAUAUAAUACAAUUGUUGGGGUAGGUUGGUGGGGGGGGGGGGAUUUUUAUUUGCCCAUUCUUAUUAUGUAAUUGUCGAUGCUUUAAAAAGUGGUUAUCAUGAAAAUCACAACUGGUGGCUGGUGGAGACUGCACGAGAAAUUGAAUUGUAGACUUAGGUUAUUUUUAACUUGAUAUAUUUUUAAUUAAAAAAUUCUUGAUUAAAACUAGGAAGAAACAGUAUUGUUUUGCAUCCCAUUCUCUUUAAAAUGAUAUAUCACUCAACCUAUUUAAUACAGAAAUGACAGCAAACCACAUUUUCCCCCCAACACAUAUGCAAUGUUUACAUUUUGAAGUGGACAAAAAGUUGAACAAAGGGCACAUAACUUUGCAAGGAUUUGACACUGACAGAAAACUAAUUUACCCAAGUACCUGAAUAUGGUGACUGUUGUUUGUUUACCCAAAAAUUAAAUGAACUUUUUUUAGUCAUCUGUGUAUGCAAAUUAAACAAAAUGAGUCAAAUGGGUGAUCAUGCCAAUCAGCACUAUAAUUAUGAAACUUACCCUUACAUGUGACAUGUUAAAUGGAUGUGGGCUGUGAUAAUUUAUAAUUUUUUGUUAUUAUUAACCUAAGCUACUAAGUUAAAAUGGAUCAGGGUAGCCCUGGUAGGCCUAGGAAUAAGUGCAGCAAUUUUGAAAAUAUACCAACUCAAAUCAUUAGGAAGAAUUAGGCUGUUAAGGCCAAUUAUGCAUACUUCUUAGUCAUUAAUUUAUUUUCUGGUAACUAAACAAUUGCUUUGAUUUUGUGAAAUAAAAUCUUUGUUCUUUUUAUGGUCAUUUUUUGUGGUAUAGGCCUUAGUAUUGGCAUGUUUCAAGCUUUUUGCAGAGUAAAACUAAUUUCAACUUUUUGGGGGACAUAUCAGAUAUUUUGUACAUUAGGACCAUUAUUAUUGUGCAUCAUUCAGAUGACAGAGGUCGUAAACGAAGAAGAAUUGCAACAGAUGGUGUUGACAUAGAAGACAGGCUCGAAUCUCUGAUUACAAGAGUCGGUGAAAAGGUAGAUUAAAAAUGAUAACAAUUAAAUUAAUCAAUAAAAAGAGUUCUUUAACAUUAAAUAUAAUCUUGAAAUUACUAUAGGGGGGGAAAAAAAUUUGGUUAAUUUUUUUUACGCAGUGAUCACAAUGUUUGAAAGUGGCUAUUGAAAUUGGCUUAUUAAUUAAUAACUGUUUGUUUGUUUGUUGAAACGUUGUGAAUCUAAUUCACUUUAUACUUGUUUUGUAGAGUACAUCAUCUCUUGAAAGCAAUCUGGAAGGCCUGGCAAGUGUUCUUGAGGCAGACAUACCAAAUUACAAACAUCAGAUAAUGAAAAUUUUAUGCCAGUGGUAGGAGAUUUAUCAAUAAUAAUUUAAACAUUUACAAAUGAUAUAAAACGGAAAGAAAAACUAAAUUCUUUUUUUUUUUUAAAUCCCAUUAUUUUCUAUUAUGAUAGAUGAUAAUUUAACCCCACUAUUUUUCAAUUGCAAUAAAUAAGAAAGCUAAAAUUUCACUGUUCACAUUUUUUAACCAUAAGGAACAAACAGAACUUAAAAUUUCUUUAAAUGGUAUGUGCUGUUAAAUAGUUUCAUACUUCAUAAACCAGUGUCACAAAAAUAGUGUAAGGGUAUUGAUAAUCUCUUUGUAAUAUUUCAGUGUUGUUAGUUUACCUGAGAAAUUGACUGUUUACACAACCCUUGUUGGACUGUUGAAUGCUAAAAAUUACAAUUGUGGAGGAGAGGUUUGCUAUAGCUCUAAUUAUCAUUUGUUUUAUAAUAAUUAUUAUAUUAUUAAUUAUCGCUAUUUUGAAUAUUUAGAGCUACUUUAUAUUUUGGCCUACUGGAUUAAAUCUGAUCAGUUCAAAUAGCAACUGCUAUUUGUCAAGGUGUUUUUUUUUUUCAUAAAAUUAUUUAUUCAUUGAAAUAAAUUUGCUAUUAUUUUAACAGUUCGUUCACUAUGCGCAUUUACUUUUUAAAUUAGAUUAAAAUCUUUUAAAUUAUGUCCUUGUAUAAAACAAAACUAGUCAUCUGCUACUUUUAUUCUAAUCUACUUAAAAUUCUUUUAAUAGUUUAUAGAAAUGCUUGUUCGCAACUUGAAGGAAGCUCUCAAGACAGGGGAGUUUGAGAAUGCAAGAAUGAUGGUAAGUUCAUUUAAGAGUUUCAAAGCAUAAGAAGUCUUAACCUCAUCGUUUUAACUUCUUAAGACCUGUCUAAUUCUUGGAGUCAUAAAAUAUCUGGUGUUGGUUUUAAAAAUCAAAUUUAAAAAUAAUUUAAUGAACCCUGUAUUUGCAACUAAAUGGAUAGUUGCUUCAACAUGAUGAAAUUAAGGUAAAGCAAAUCGAUGUGGUCAUCACACUUAAUAAAAUCAGGCAAAUAUUGUCAUCACAUUAUAAAUCCAGGCCUCCAUAUGCAUUAACUUAAGAAAUAUAUCAGGCCAGACCAUCUGAAAUGUCAGCAAUAUUAAUCAGUGAUUUUCAUAUCUUAAUAUGGAAUAAAAACCAAAAUGAAUCAAUGAGAAUAUAGGCUCAUUUUUUUUUAUAAUUGAAAGCUUAAAAUGUAAUUUAUUGCAAUUACAGACAUCUAUUUCCUAUAAAAGUUUCCAGUCUUUCCUAAUAUUUAAUAAAAUUACCUACUUAAAUCCAUGAUUGUCUUAAUCAGUAUUCAUACUAAAAUAUAAGUCAAAAUGCCAAAUUUCAUCUAUCGUUAGAAAUGGCACAAAGGCCACAAUUUCCCAACAAAUAAAAAAUCAAGAUUUGCUGGUUCAUCACAUAACCUCAACACACACUUACAAUAACAAAAUCAAGAUUUACUGGUUCCUCACAUAACCUUAACACACACUAACAAUAACAAAAUCAAGAUUUGGUGGUUCCUUACACAUAAUCAUAACCUCAACACACACUAACAUUAACAAAAUCAAGAUUUGCUGGUUCCUCACGUAACCUCAACACACACUAACAUUAACAAAAUCAAGAUUUGCUGGCUCCUCACAUAACCUCAACACACACUAACAAUAACAAAAUCAAGAUUUACUGGUUCCUCACAUAACCUCAAUACACACUAACACCUCUCAUUGCAGGAUGUAGUUUUAUACUGACCUCAAGCCAGUAUUUGAUUACCUGCUAAAAAGUCAAAUAUAUACCAACAAAAAUCUUUAUUAACAUACCUGAUCCAAGUCUGCUAGUUUUUUAUAUACAGUAAGUUUUUAAGUAUUGUGGGGAGCAAAAAGGUUUCCAUAAGUGACCAAUUUAUAUGAAUACAUUUUUUUCAUUUCUUUCAAAACUUUGCUUUAACUUAUUUGACAGGUGCGUUUUCUAUCUGAUUUGGUGAACUGCCAUGUUCUAGUUGCUGCAUCUCUUCUUCAAAUGUUUGAUAGUUUUGUGGAGGUCACUUUGGAAGACAAUAUUCCACAGGUUAUUGAAGUUAAAUUUUUAAUUCAAAAUAAAGUAUAAAAUAUGAGCUAUUGUUGUCCUUGAACACACACCCACUAAAUUAUGAGACAAGUAGUCUCAGUAGUUCUAUAAAUCUUUGAAUAUAUAAAUAAUCUUUUUUUUGUUGUUUUUGUAGGUCAGAUCUGAUAUUUAUGUAUAUUUGGUACUGUCAGCAUUACCAUGGGUGAGUAAUACGUAACAAUUUUGUGUUUGCAAUUAAAAUAAUGUUAAAAGUUUUAAGAAUGUAUGUUCAAUUUAUAAUUUUAUGUACAUUUCUUACCUUUUCAUGUGCAUUUAAGUUCGCUUAGUAACAUCAAAAGCAAAACUGAAUAUUUCUAACUAUUUUUAAAAACCCUUUUUUUUUUCUCUUGAACUUGACAUUUUUCUUCAAAAAAUUAUUGUUUGUUUUUUGCAACCCCCCCUUUUUUUCAUCUAAUAGGUUGGACGUGAGCUUUUUGAGAAGAAAGAAAAUGAGCUAAACAGCAUGUUGGUUACCAUUGAAAAUUAUUUAAGGUAUGUUUUUUUUUUUUUUUUAAAGAUAAGAAUAAGAAAAUUGUUAAUAUUGUAAUGAUAACGGUUGUAAACAGCAUGUUGGUUACCAUUGAAAAUUAUUUAAGGUAUGUUUUUUUUUUUUUUUAAAGAUAAGAAUAAGAAAAUUGUUAAUAUUGUAAUGAUAACGGUUGCUUGAGUCGUCUGACUAAUAAAUUAUUAUAGUCCAAACAUUUUUAUUUAUUUAAUUUUUUUCAUAGUCCAAACAUUAAUAAAACAAUAUUUUAUUUUAAAUUCAAUAUCUCUUCCAACCACGUAUAGCACUCUUGAUUCAAUGAUAUAUUGUGUUUGGUGUUAACUUUUGUCUAAAAAAUAUCAUUAAUCUUUACAAAAAUCAUUACAUUUUAAUUUUCUAGCAAAAGACAAAAGGUUCAUCUUCCUGCAUUGCGAGUUUGGCUUAAUGAAGGACCACAUCUCCAAGAAGAAGUAAUAUAUAUAUAUAUAUAUUUUAAAAAAAAUUUAAUAAUUUUUUUUUGCUUAAAAAUUUAGAAGUUAUUUUUCUUGAUGUAAGCUUCAUGAAAAGAAUUAUUUAUCAUUAAAUAAUUUCUUUUUUUUCCUCAGUAUCUCGAUUGCCUCUGGGCUCAAAUAAAAAAUCUGCGGAGUAACAGGUGGAAUGAAAAGCAAAUAAUGCGACCAUAUUUAGCCUUUGAUGGUGUUUUGUGUGAUGCACUUCAGCACACACUCCCACAGAUUAUCCCCCCUUCUCACAACAAGUCAAUGGUUUAUCCCCUACCCAGGGUUGUCUUCAGAUUGUUUGAUUACACUGAUGUUCCUCAGGUAUUAUUAGCUUUAUGUUAGAAAUCUCAAUUUAUUAUCUAUUAUUUUUAAUUUGAAUAAUUUGUUGGAAUAAAUUUUACUGAUGAUUUAUAUAUAUAAAUAUAUAUAUAUAUAUAUUUUAGGGGACCGUUUUGCCUGGAAGUCAUGCCAUUGAAAGAUAUUUAAUAGAGGAACAGAUAAACCGGAUUAUAAAUACCCAUCAUUUAGAGAGGAAAGAUUGGUGAGUAUUUAGAUUUUAAAUCACACUUUAAGAUAGCUCCAUACCAAACUUUCUUUAAAACGGAUAAGACAUUAUUGUAAACACAUUUUCUUGAGUUUAAACAUUUUAAUUUCUAAAUGUUUCCUUCCAAAUUUGAUUUACCUUUUUAUUUUAAUGAUAAAAUCAAAGCAAUUUUAAAAUGUUAAAAAUCAUUACUCUUUCAGUGCUGUUGCAUUAUUGGGUUACCCUGCAAAAAACAAAAUUCCAUUGAACUACAUGAUUGUAGAGGUAAAUUUUAGUUUUGUCCUAUAAAUAAAUUAUUGUCCAUUUCUUCUAGUUGUAUUUUCGUUCUCUAAAAAUCCUAUUGCUACUUAAUCUUGCAUUUCAUCGGCUGCAACACUUUUUAAGAUGGAACAAAUUCAUGGUGUUUGGAAUUUCAUAAUAAUAAUUAGUGAUCUUUUAUAGCGCGGUACCCCAGCCUACGGCUGGGCUCACCACGCUGUACAUAAAAAUAUUAUCAAAAUAGACAUAAUCAUGACAUUAAAAUCAAAUACAAUUUUGAAAUAAAUCCCAGCAUGAACCCCAGGACUUUAAAAAGGCAAACCAUGGACGGCAGCCAACAAGAUCAUUUAUCGGUCAAAGAAGGGGAAUCAGUCAGGGUAGUAUAGUUUAAAGAGAUGUGUUUUGUGUGCAGUUUUGAAGGCAUGGGUGGUUGGUAUAUAGCGGAUGUGUAGUGGCAAAGAAUUCCAUUGUUUGGGGGCGUAGAAAGAGAAAGAUCGUUUACCAUAUGUUUUAGUGUGUGUCUUGGGAAUGGACAGAAUACGCGUAAUUGAAAUAUUUAUUUGUUCAAAUAAUGCCCCACUUCAAAUUUAUAGUAAGAUAUUGCAGACAAAAUGAGUAAAAUUUCUAUUAACUGAUAAAGUUUUGUUUGUUUCCUGCAGGUCAUGUUUGGGCAGUUGUUUGAAUUGCCAAGAGCUCCUUACUUGGAGCUUUUUUAUGGUGCAACUUUCAUUGAGCUGUGUAAGAUUCAGCCCUCAUCAAUGCCAGAAGUUGUAUCCUUUAUAAUAUUGGUUUAUAAUUAAAGUGUUUUAGUAAUCUAUACAUUACUUUUAGUUCUGUUUUAAAAUAGUUGUUUAUAUGUGUGAUUUUUAUGUUUUUACAAAAUUUUAUCCUUAAUGAAAAAAUUAGCUUGCUCAAGCCUCAGAGAUGCUUUUUGACAGACUGGACACAAUGCAUUCAGUUUGUAUUGAGAGGUAAUCAUACAUUUGUUUUUACAUAGAAGUAGUUCCAUCCAUUUAAUGUCGAAAUAAAGGGCAUACAGAUAUAGUUUCCUUCUGAUCCCAUUAGAUUCUUAACUUUAAAAAAAUUAAGGAAAUGUAUUAGAAGCUACUGAGUUUACAUUUAAAUUCUAAAAAUAUUUUGUUUUUAUCAGUUGACUUAUUGAUUGCUUGCUGCAUGCGUGAAAGAAUUACAAUUUUCAAUGGUUAAGCAAUAAACGUUUAAACUAAUACAAUAAACUUAUUAUUUUCUCUCACUAGGUUUGUGCAUUGGUUUUCAUACCAUCUCAGCAACUUUCAAUACAAAUGGAGUUGGGAAGACUGGGCAGAAUGUGUCAAUAUGGAUCCAAAUGCUCCAAAGUCUAAGUUUGUCAGAGAAGUUUUACUUAAGUGUUUGAGGUAGGCAGCAGCCCCAGUGUUAUUAGUUACUAACAUGCAAUUCAGGAUGUCAGUCUUCAAUCAUUUUUAGUAUUUUAACUAUUUUGAAUUCUACUUUUUGUAUGGGGUGGAUUGGCAAAUGCAAUUAGCUAUUUUGCUCUACGGCCAGCAAAUAUCCGGUAAAGCAAAGAAAAAAGCAAAUACCGAUAUUAAUUUUUAAUAUAUAUCCCAGUACCAAUUAACCUUAUAAAUAUAUCAUUCAGGAAGGAAAUAAUGUGAAAAAUAUUUUACCCCCAUUCCUGAGUACAUAAAUAUAAGCUUUCAAUCCAUCCCCCCAAUUUAUUUAUAGACAAUUAACGGUGUAAACCAUGUUAAAAAUGUUUGACAGGUUUUCUCUCCUGUCUGUUCGGUGUUGUAGCCUAGUCACUCCUAAAUGGGACCAUAAAAAUAUCACCCGAUUUUGAUAACUUUCUUACCAAUUCCAAUCGAAGGUUUCAGGGCAUGAUAUCUAGCAGACCUAUUUGUAUAGCCUUCAAAAAUAAUUAUCAAUCAUAGAAAUCAUUAUAUCUAGCAGACCUAUUUGUAUAGCCUUCAAAAAUAAUUAUCAGUUAUAGAAAUCAUGGAUUUCAUUUAUUUUUGGGAGAUAUAUGGCUUUAUUAGAUAUCAUAUGAUAAAUGGGCUAUUUAUGGACUGUCAGAAUUUUUAGGUAAAUGUAAUGCAUAAUGUAAAUACCGAUACUUUCUCCUAGGCUUUUUAGAACAAUAUCACCUUAUGGAAUUGAUUGAAUUCUCUCCUACUAGUGAUCCUCAGUUUCCCUGUAUUUCUCUUCCGAUUUCUUAUAUUUUAAAUAUUUCCAAAAUAUUUUUGUCAGUUAAAUUUAUUUUUUUUCACAGUAAAUUUGCAUGAAUUCUUUUACUUCCUGAAAUCCUUGUUUUGGAAAAGCUAACUUCUGGUUAUAACUUGAAAAGGGAAAACUUAAGUUUUUGAACUACUUUCUAUUUCUUGUUGUUUCUUCAUUUGUCCUGUCAGGUGAGGAAGGCUCUUAACCGAAACGUUCUUCUUUUACUGUUCUGUCUUUCUAUUUCAAGCUGCCACAUACCUUGUUCUUCUAUUUCCAUAACACAGCCUGAACGUACUCCUUUAUUUGUUAAGAAUAUUUAUCUAUGUGCUGAAAAUGAAUAUGUACCAUGUAAUAAAAACACAUUUCCAUCUAUUUUGAUCAAUAAAAGAAUCAUGUAUAACUAGUUUGUCUUUACCAUCUUAUUUGGCAGAUUCUCCUACUAUCAAAGAGUUGUUGAGUCAGUGCCAGAAUCGUUUGCUUCUCUCUUGCCUCCUGAUCCUAAACCUUUUUACAAAUAUGAACAAGAAGGUGCAGGUAUGUAUUCUCCAUUUAUAGAUUACCGGUACCAUAGCAUUGUUAUACAAAUAUUGAAAACUAAGGCUUUAACCAAUGCAGUUUUUACAUCGGGUCCGGGUAUUUUAAGAAAAAAUCAACCAGAUAGUCACACCAGAAGCUUGCUGCGGGACUGCUUUUUUUCCCCACUCAGUACUAUAAAUAUAAAAUGUGGAGUUGGGGAGGGUGUGGUUUUGAAGAGGAAGCAGGAUGAAUCAGAGAAAAAUAUUUAUAAGAGAUAACAAGAAGGUGUAGGUAUGAUAUCUUUGAUAUAGAUUACCAUUUAAUUUGCAAUGCUAAUUGAAUUAUUGUAUUAUGUCACUAUAUCAAUGUUCCUCCAAUAAAUGUAUUUCCAUUAUUAAGUUUUAAACAAUUCUAAUUUAAGUUUAUUUUCUAUCCAGGAUCUCUUGCUGGUACCAUGCAUGCACAUAAGUUAAUUAGUUCUAUCAGGAGUAAGUGCACACCAGAGGAGGCAGCUCAGCUUCUCAAAGACUUGCCUAAUGUCUAUCCAAAUGGUCAAGAGAAUGGUAAGUGACAUCCAAAAGAACUUGCAAAGUUAAAAUGUACAUGUUUUAUAAGUCAGAUUGUUUACUGUACCAAAUUCUGAGGUAUUGCCUUAUUUAUUAUUAAUAAUAAAAAGAAAUAGACUUAGCCUAGGCCAAAGUUAUCCUGUUCUAACAUUUGGCUCAGAUUGGUUUAAGGCAAUCCUCACAUAUUAUGCUUUAUCUUUAAUUAAGAGCAAUAUUUAAAUCUUACAAAUGAAUAUUCAAGGUAAUAUUUAUUUUUAUUAUUUAAUACUAAAUUUAUAAUUUAAAGAGCUGUUGCCUGCUUUUGUCAGUUCCUGUCUGUCAUUUUUUCAUUGAUCUCCUUUUAAGUUUAAGUUACUUCUGGGUAAAUUAUUUUUCUACUAAUGUUGUUCAAUAACAUUAAUAAUAAUACAAAAAGAAAUAAUGGAAAUUUUUAAAAUUUAGAUGUUUUUAUAUCUUUUAAAUUACCAGGGUAUUAUUAUAAUAUUUAAAAUGAACUGUGGUAAUAUCGAAAAGGCCAUGCUAUAAUACCGUAAAGGGUCGCUAUUGAAAUUACUUUCAUUAAAUGCUGUUUUUAUGCACGCUCAGUCGCCAAAUGCGAGUGGAUGAAGUACAUAUUUUGUUUGCAUAGAAAAAGUAGCCUAUAUUCUAUAUAUUGUUUAAUUAAAUAUUGCUGACAUACAUGUGCCCAUAUAAUGCAAACCCCUAAAUUUAAGUUAAAAUUUUUACUAUACACUUCUAGCAUCUUUUGAAGUAAUAUACACAUUAAAAUGUUUCCACUCUCACAAAGGUGUGCUUUAUUUGAAACAUAAUAACAUGUCAAUUGUCAGCUUAUUCGUUAUGACAGUAUAAAUAAGAUUCUAGUACGUUUAAUUGCAUAUCAAUUUUACUUAAUUAAAAUUGUAGAAAUUUUUGGUAAACAAUAAUGAAUAAAGCAAUUAAAACUUACCAAACUUAUUGGAUAGCUGUGGGUAAUGUCAUUAUCAAUUAUCAUUGGAAAUGAGAAACAUGGGGGGAAUGAUAAUUCACACUCUCAGAAUAAGUCUCAGUUGCUAUUUUGUCUUGGGAUGAGGUGGGUAUCCCUAUCACCAACAGACACAUGUGGUGAACAGAGCUCUUCAGUGGAGAGAAUUUGGUUUUCCAUGCACAACAUAAUUGUGUUUAAGUUAAUGUAUAGCCUAUACAAUAAAAAUUAUUCUCAAAAUAUUAAAUGCAAAUUUCAUUGUAUACGGCAAAAAUUAUGCAUUCAGUAAGUCAAGUAAACAGUUGUAUCUAAAUUUAAUGUAGAUAAUGAAGUUGUCUGUUGAAUGCUAUAUUUUUAUGAACAUUAUAUUUCUGUUGAAAUGACUAAAAGAAGAAAAAAUGGUUGAAGACAUACUGCUUAUGGCUGACAGAGGUUAAAGCAGAUGGGAGCUAAAAAUGUGGAGAAGAAUUCCGACUAACAGAAAUCUGAGACAUUUAAACUGCAUUUCAUAAUUAUUUUCAAUGUUUGAAUCGACUUCGCUGUGUGAAACAGCACUAUCAAUUAUGUAUGGGAUUCUUCAAGUCAAAAUGCAAAUUUUGAAUUGUUCAUGUGAAUAUUUACAGUCAGCCAUGAGCUGUGCCUUAUGAUUAAAGAGUAAAAGAAAGGAAUCAUUGGAGUUAUGCCCUAUUGUCUAGCCUAUAAGUAUCAGAGAUUUCAUUUUGAAAUAGGUUAAGCAGAGGUAGGUUUUAAGAAAGGUUAAAAAAAAAAAAGUAAAUAUAUUUAUACUUCAGUCAUUAAAUAAUUGGCUCCUGCACCUUUAUAUUUACAGAGAAUCCAUCUUUCAAUCCACUGAAGAUAGAUGUGUUCUUUUCUACUCUUCUUCACUUGGGUUCCAAGUCUAUCAGUCACUCCUUCGCUGCCCUGGCUAAGUAGGUUUUAUUACCGUUACUUUCAUGUGUACAUCCUUAUAUAAUAUGGUUAGAAUUAAAGAAUCAUAAUUGGACGAGGUUAAUUAUUUUGUAUUGUCAGAAUUCUAGUUUUUAAAAUAUUUCUUUAAAUUGUUAAACUGUAGCAUAAAUAAAGCUGGAUCAACAUUGAUAAUGUUGCUUUAUUAUUUUUUAUAAAGCUACUAGUUUUAUGUAUUCAAUUUGUUUUCUCUAUAUAUGCUUAGGUCUGCUUAAUUCUUAUAAUUGAGAUUAACUUUUAUCUAUAUUUUUUUUAUUGAUUCAUUUGAUGUUACACUAAUUUUCAUUGAUAAGAUUCCAUCCUAAUUUGAAGUCUCUUGCUGAGUUCGAGGAUGGAAAAAUAUGCCUUUUAAAAGUCCUUUAUGAAACAUGGAAAAAUAAUCAACAGGUAUAAAAUAAAUAAAUGAUUAAAAUGCAAAUGUACACUUUAAAUUUUUUUUUCUUUACUUACUUAACUUAAUUCACUUUAACUAUCUUACUGGCAAGUAUGUAAGUUGUAUACAUUUGUAAGAUUAAAUUGUACUAUUUGUUUUGUUGAUUGUUUUAUCUUAAAGCUUACAUCAUAUAAAAGUAAAUUUUCGACUAUUUCUACUAUCAGAUUUUUAAAAAAAAUGACAGGAAUUAUUACUGAAAUUGUAUGCACGAAUUGCAUAAAAAUUUGCUAAGAACUACGUAUACAUAAACUGAACAAGGAAGCUAAAAACAUGUAUAUUAAUGUUUUUCUUAAAUUGACCAAUUUAAUUCUUAUUUAUAAGUUAUAAAAAAUAUAAUUUUUAUUUAAGAAAAAUAUUCAAUUCUUAUUAUAAGUUACAGGUAUAAAAUAUAUUGACAUUUUCCCAUGUCAUAAAUGCAGUGUUAUAACUUGCAGGAUUUAAUACUUUAAUCAAAUUUUCUUUUUAAAGAUCAUGGUCGUUCUGGUUGAUAAAUUACUAAGAACAGAAGUGGUAGAGUGCUCAUCAGUUGCUAAUUGGUUAUUUUCAUUUGAAAUGCAACAUGACUUUACAAGGUUAGUAAUUCUGGAGAGAUUAUUUAUCUAAAACUGUUGGUCUCCAUUAAAAAUUAUAUUGAAAAUAAAUGUGUGGAGGAAUAAAUUUACUUCAGUGUAUUAUCUGGUUGGCUAUUUUAAAAACUACAUUUAGUACCACAGUUGAGGAUAGAAAUAUUUUCAUCUGUUUAGGUGUGCACCCAUUUUUAGAAAUAUUUUAAGAGUUUAACAUACAUAUUUGUGUCUUUAGAUCAGGUAUCACAUUAUGAUUGUUUCUUUAGAUGAGGUAUCACUCUAUAAUUAUGUUUUUAGAUCCAGGGUAUCAAGGUUUGUAAUGUCAACAUUUAUUUUCUCCUGCCACUCAGUUUCUAUGUAUGGGAAAUAAUGCAUAGCACUAUUAAGAAAAUGAGUCGUCAUGUUGAUCAGCUGCAGCUUGAUGUUGACAAUGCCCAUGACAAACAAGAAGCUGCAAAAAGAAAGGUUAGUCACCAAAAGUGAAUAUUUCUCUCUAACAUUUGCAGUGUUGCUGCAUAAAUUUGAUAGUUAUUCUUUCUUCUAGUUUCUAAACUUAUACAUAGAUAUUUUUUUAGUUAGCUGCAAUGUUAUAUCUGAGAGAAAACCGGGACUAAAUUCUGAUAAUAUAUUGCAGCAAAUUAUUUAUUUUAAUUUUAUAUUAGUUUACUGUUAUUUGUUUGCUGAAAAAAGCUUCUUGCUGGCACGUUUGAUGUUUUAUUGUGUCCUUUUUCAGGUUUUCCCCUAUUUUGUUUUUCUUAUUUUCUUUUACGUUUACCAAACUUGAUUGCUGUCUCUCCCCCUUAUUACCUAUUUGCCACUUACAUUUCCUAAAAUGUAAAAGCCCUUAAAUAUACAGGUACAGUGGCCAUAUUAACAGGGAUUUAAAUAAUAUUUAAAGGUACAAAAUCUGGGGAAGGAAAAUAUAAUUUACUUUCUACUCAUUCCCUCGUGUAAAUUAAAUUGCUUUCUACUCAUUCACUCGUGCACAUAAAAUUGUAUUUUACACUGCAGUGGAGGUAAAAGUCGUUUUGUAUGGAAGCCACUGAAGAAAAAUAUGAAUUGUUGAGAAUACUGGGAUAAACAGUUAAGUGGGGCCAGGGGAGCGGUGGGGUUAGGUGCAGUAUGUUGUGGAAUUGGUGUCCUGCCCAUGAACAAAAAUAUAUUAUUGCAACGCCUUAUUUGACAUUGUUUCUGUUAUUUUGUUUGCUCAUCAGGAAGCAGAUGGGCUGGAUGCUGGUGAAGAUGAUGUUCCAAGUGAUGAAGCUAUUGAAAGGAUGGAAGAAAAACUUGAAGCGGCUACGAGUGCUCAGAAAAAUCUUUUCCUUGUAAUAUUUCAGGUUGGUUAAGUUUUUAACCUUGUUAAUUGGUGUUGUAAAAAUUGAUGCACAUUAAUAUUUAAAAAAUUAAUGUUGAAGAUGAAACAAAAAGCAAUUAGUUGAACUAUUUUUAAAAAAGACAAAAUUUAUUAUAAAUUUUAAUGAAAAAUUAAUACUCCUAAAGUUAUACAAGUUCUAUUUUUUCUAGAGAUUCAUCAUAGUCUUGACUGAACAUCUUGCUAGAUGUGAAUCUGCUGGCGUGGACUACAAUACACCAUGGUACAAAUGGGUCAUUGAGCGACUGCAACAAGUUUUUCUAAUGGUAUGUUUUUAAAAAAUAAUAUUUAGUCACACAAAUACAACAUUAAAUUGUAUAAUAAUCGUAGAGGAAUUACACAAGCUAUUGACCAAAGGACAGACACAAAAAAUGGCUGCUUGUGGGCUCUUUGUUAUUUAAAAAGAUUUCUUGAUUUUAAUACUUUAAACCCGUUUUGUUAUAAAACAUGAGUAAUUUGAUAUUUCUCUUCUUUUUUUGCAGCAUCACGAGCUUGUAUUUCGUUACAUCAACACACUGGAGCAACUAUUAUUCACUAGUGACAUUGACAUUCACAUCCUUGAAGUAUUUCAGCAAUUUUGUGCUUUGAGAUCUUAAGACAGCCAAGAAGAAAUUUAUGUUUUAAGCUUAUUUUAAUGGUUGUUUUGUACAUUUUUUAAAAGGAUGUUUUGUUGCAAAUGUUAAGUUUCAUCAACUGUUUAUAAAAGUUUGUUUCAAAACAUGUUACAGUACCAUUGUCCUUUCAGGUUAACUGACAACUCAAAUAACUCAAAACUAAUUGUAUGGAUUUUAAUAAAAAUUUUACCAGUUUUAGAACACAUUAAAUUUAAAUUCUUUAUAAAUUUGAAAGUCUCACUGAAUUAAAAUUUGAAAAGCUUUUAAUUUUAAAUAUUAAUUAAGAGUCUUUAACUUUGAUACUUUUUAUAAAAACCAUCUUGCUGUUUUUCUUCUCUGAUGAUUUAAUAGACUGAGACCAUUUUAACUUGGAUUUACAUUUUGUCACUUUUAACUUUUAAGAAAUGUAUGAAUUAUAAGUAUGUUUUCCUUUGAUUUGAAGAAUGCUUGUUAAGUUUGCAUUACCAUAUUUAAUCACAUUUAAGUACAGGUACCCUACAAAUUUUCAUCAUAUGUCAAGCAUUAGGUAGGCUUAAAAAUUCAAACAAGAAUGUUAUUCUUAGUAAGCCAUCAUGUGUUUAAACAAGGUUUUUUUUUAUGUGAUCUUGUAAUUUUAAUUAGAUUUUGUAAUGUUGUUGUAUUAUUAUGUAAACACAAAAUUACGAUAUUAAAAUUUAUUAGAACAUAUUGUUGAUUUAGAACUAUUUCCUCACCUUUAGCCUGCGGGCUGCAGUAUGACUUAGUGAUAAUGCUCUAUGUUUACCAUAUCAGAGUUAAUAUCAUUAGUUAAUAUUACAUUUACAUAUGCCUGAAGCUGUACUGAAAACAAAUCACUUUUUGUUUUAAAAUCUGUCAGAUAUAUUGCUCAGAAAACAGUAAUAGGUUAUGAUCUUUGGCUUAUGCACAGGACAUAUCCAACAAAACUCACACCUCAACUGCAUGAAUCCAGACAGAACACCAUAAUGCCUCCCUCUGCAUACAUGCAAGCAAGGACUUCUCAGGACUUUAGCUGUACUCAUCUACAUUUACUAUACCGGUACUUGACUUUAAUAUCUAGAAAAAUAUUAACUAUAGGAGUCAUGCCAAUUUCUCACAAUAGCCUCAGUGCCCAAAUGGAUCAGGAUGAUGUUUUGAAAGUUGAACCAGUUAAUGAUAAGAAUGCCUUUUGGAUGAUUACUACUUAGUUAUUGAUUUAAUCCAAAUCAUUGUCACUUCCAUUAAAUAACAUGCUUUUUUUCUAGAGUGUAAUUUUGUUUUUAUUUAUUUAAACAAGAUGCUCUGCCUCAGUCACUUGAAGGUUUGUGUUUUCUAUUAAUAUAAGAACCGGUAUUGCAUAUUAGUACACUGGUUCAUUACAUUACAAUCUGAAAUAAAAACUUGGGUCCUCAACACAAUAAUUAUUAUU